GGUUCGUGUGUGGAACAUGGCCUCCCGCUUCAGACUCGGCUCAGCACUGUUGCUGACCGCAAUGUGUUUGGUCCUCUCAGCAGUUGUCGAUUGUGCUUCGCAAGUGACUACCUGUGAUUUUAACCAUUGGCAAGUCCAUCGGCUAUAUUGUGGACAUGGUGUGAUCAGCGUGAGGCAGGCUUUGUAUGGCCGGUCAAGCUCGCUGGUCUGCAGUGAAGGAAGACCUCCACAGGAGCUGGCUAACACACUGUGCGCUCAACGAGACACUGUUGAAAGACUCGGGACAAUUUGCAAUGGCAAGAAAUCGUGUGAGGUGAUCGUGGAAGAGUUCCGCACUCCCGAUCCCUGUGCUGGCACCUUCAAAUAUUUGCAGACCAACUUCACCUGUGUGCCAGCGUUUAGGGUGGUGGCGUGUGAGUCGUCAGUGGCACGUUUGUAUUGUGAUUGGGGACGUGUCAUUUUUGUCUACGGGGCUGACUAUGGACGCCGUGACCGGACCACGUGUACAUACAGAAGGUCUCAAUAUGAGAUAGAUAAUGUCGAAUGCCGGCGCCCAACUGACAUUGUCGCCAGCAGGUGCAAUGGAAAAAACCCCUGUACGAUCACAGCCAGCAACGCAGUGUUUGGAGACCCUUGUAAAGGCACCUACAAGUACUUGGAGGUUGCUUACACAUGUAGAUAUCCGGGGGAUUAUCCCUACUAGCUCAAACUGGUAGAGUCCUGCUGUAUCUGGGUCAUACAGCAACUACAGAAGGACACGGUUGUACAAUGCUGCUUAUUUAAA